AUGACAUCCACUUCUACUCAAUUAAAAGUCGAUUUCCAAUACGGGAAAUAUUCUUUUAUUGACGAUAGAUAUCUAAAGGAUGGUUAUCAACCUGUUUGCAGCAAUUCGAAAUGUAAAUUUCUAUAUCCUUUUAAAGACAGCAUAUCAUGUACACCUAUACAGUUAGAUCUAAAAGUCGGAAAAUAUUAUUUCGAAGUGUAUGGUGCUGCUGGCGGAAAUGAUGGAAUAAUCAGGUCACAAGGCUAUGGAGGUUAUGCGGCAUUGCAAGUUUCUUUACUUGAAGAAAUACCUUUAUUUUUAUAUAUAGGAGGUAAAGGAGGAAUAUGGCCAGAUAUACGUGAGGAUACAUUUAAUGGUGGGGGAUGGGGUGAUUCUCAAAAUUCUGGCGGAGGGGCCACUGACUUUCGAUUUAAAUUAGGAGAUCUCAAAUCUAGAUUUUUGAUAGCGGGUGGGGGAGGAGGAAUAGAUGGUUCUGCUGAUAAUGGCUUCGGCGGCGGAUUGACUGGAGGUGAUUACGACUAUAAUAAAUAUUCUGGUGGCAAUCAAACACAUCCAGGAAUCUAUUAUCGUGAAUACACUGGCACAUUAUCUGGAAGAUUUGGCUAUGGUUUCUCUGUAAAAGACUUAGAGGGUAGAUCUUACGCAGGUGGAGGAGGGGGUCUAUAUGGCUGGGCAUAUGGAGGUGGUGGUUCUGGUUUUGUUUAUUCUGAAAACAGAUUGGCCACUGAAAUCAUGGAUUUGCCUACAACUAUAAAAGUCGAAAAUCCUGAAAUAAGAUGGGCACGAAAUAUAGGUCAGGGAUAUGCAAUUAUUACUACGUUGUCUUCUUCUGAAUGCAAGUGUGUGCAAAAAUGUUUUUGUUCAAAAGAACGUUUUAUUUUAAAGAAUUUUCACGCAAUUCCUUUCAUGUAUAGUUAUUAA